AUGAGUAUUAAACCUGACGAUCAUAUCGGCGAGUUUCCCCGAUUACCCGCCAAGCAAGAAACCUCCCCUCCGCCCCCAUCUCCAAGUCCCAGAUUCAUGUCAAAGGCCCUCAAAUUUCUUCCUCGCUCGGGGAGAAAUACACCACGUGGAUCAGAUGCUGGUUUGGACGGCCUAGGUGUUGCCAUCCCCUCUCAGGGCAACAGAGGGGGAGCUACAAGAAAAGACAGUGGUAGUUCUUUUCUUCCACCUUUUCUCAAGGGUCUUGCUUCACCCCGUGGCUCCAUCACUUCAAUCUUGGACCCAAAGGAGGAGGGGACUACUGGUGGCUCUUCUAUGAAGAUUGAUGCUGCAACCCUCACUGCAAACGAAUCUUCUGUACAAAGUCAAAGCCUACGCACCCAAGACACUGAGCAAGUGCUAGACAUAAGUCAAACAAACAGUCAGAAUUCUCCCAUAAUCCUUGGGAGUGAUGAAGAAGGCUCUCCGCAUGUUAAUUUCCACCCACACGAGAGCUUCGAUACUUUUCAAUUUCCGUCUGGAGAACAUACCACUACCCUUGGCGCUGGGAAUGAACACAGUAUGAGUGUCACAAAAGAGGACACGAAGAACCGUGACGAACUCGUCGACCCCACUGAAGGAACAUUCCGCUCGGGUUCUGAUGGACACGGAAAAGUUCGCAAUAGUGUUCUCACUCGCCUGCAAGAUGCAACAAGACAAUCGUUGCGAGGACCCAUAAUGUCUCGCGGUGACCGUAACAGUAUCGCAACCGUCGGAACUGGAACAAGUGGUGGAACAAGUGGUGAAGCAGUCUGA